AUGCUGGCACCCUGCGUUGCCGUGCUAGUCUCGGCCUUCAUGGCCGGGACAACAGCAGCCCAGUCCUCCGGGCCUACGGUAUGGGCCUCGGUCGCGAUGAUCAUGCACGGCGAGCGCACACCCUUGCGAAGCGACCUCACCGACGUCUUGACUCCUCGCGGAGCGCAACAGCUGUAUGCUCAAGGGAGCGCCUUCAGGACGCGCUAUCUGUCCGGCAACACCCCGACCAACCAGUCCGAAAGCCGAGUCUCCUCUCGCGCGCCCAUCCGGGGCCUCACCGCAAACGUCUUGGAGCACGAGCAGCUUCAUCUCCUCUCGGUCCCCGAUCCGCACAUCGCGGCCGGUGCCACGGCCUUCAUGCAAGCGCUGUACCCGCCGAUUCCUCGGGCGUUCGCGGCAGACACUGGCGGAUCGAACAUCUCGUACUCGACCAUCUCUGAGAACUUCACGCAGUAUCCAUUGGAUGGCUACCAGUACCCAGUCAUUCAAACCCCGGGGAUCAUGGACCAAAGGUCCAUUGAGCUUCGCGGCAACACCGAAUGCACGCAAUGGCAGGUUUCGACCCAGGUAGACAUGCUGAGUGACCCAGACAUGGCCAAGAUCUACAACUCGACACGUGCGAAGUACCAAUCGCUCUUCAGCACACCACCGCUCAACGACGGCGUCAUAUCCUCGUCCAAAGCGAACUUCUGGGACGCAUACAACAUAUGGGACUACAUACGCUACCGCUACAGGCACGAGCAGGCUGUUCACGACGCUGUGGUGGACUACAACAAAGACAGCCAGUUCCUCCAUCUCUACACCAGACAACAGCAGGUGGCCUUAUACUCGGACCAAAAGCCUUCCGGACUGAAGACUGGCGACAUGAUCCGGACGGUCGCCGGCAGGACAUUUGCGCGCAAAGUCGUUAGCGCGCUCGAAUCGAACAGCAACUACGUCGGCUCCUCCCACAAGUUGACCCUCAUGUUCAGCUCCCAGGAGCCGUUCAUGUCAUUCUUCUCCCUCGCCAAGCUCCAACGCAGCGACGUGCCCGUCUCCAGCUCCUUCUGGAACGUCCCCGAGCCCGGCGCCGCCAUGAUCUUCGAGCUGAUCGGCGACGAGCCCGGACGACCCGACCUGUACCCGAAGAAGAACAACCUCUACGUGCGCUUCCUCUACCGCAAGAACGCGGACCCCAGCACCCCCUUCGAAGAGUUCUCCCUCUUCGGCGCGCCCUCCGCCGAGCCCCGCAUGACCUUCAGCUACUUCAAGCAGGAGAUGCUCGAGUUCGGCAUCGACCUCGCGACGUGGUGCGCCACAUGCGCCUCCUCGCAGACCUUCUGCAACCCGCAGAGGAACGCGGACGGCCAGCAGCGCACGGUGGGCGAGUCGAUCCGCUCGGCCGUGAAGAGGCCGAUCGUCGCGGGCGUCAUCGGCGCAGCCAUCGUCCUCGCCGCUCUCGGACUGAUCGUCGCGGCGGCCGUUCUGGGCGGGUUCCGGAUCCGGCGCGUGGGGAAGGACGACAACAAAGACGGCGGCGGUAGUAGUCCGGUUGCCGCUGCUGGGCUGGGCGGGUUUAAGGCGGCUGAGAAGAUGGCUAGCGACCCUGACCUGACCGUUUCUAGACGAGGCGUGCACCAUGAGAGACAGGGGAGCUGGGAGCUGAGGGAGGGACGCGACGUCGGGGCCGGUCAGGUGGGACUGGUCGUCGACAAGGGCUCUGUAAGUCCGAGGAUGAAGACUGUGGACGACGAUGACACGAGUGAUAUUGGAGCAUCUCCGGUGGUGCCAAGGGAGAGCGUUUGA